CUUCUCCUGUGUGCCGCGCUCCAGACCCUCCUGGCUAGCCCUAGCAAAGAAGUGAAUUUGUUGGAUUCAUGCACGGUCAUGGGAAACCUAGGAUGGAUUGCUUUUCCCAAAAAUGGCUGGGAAGAGAUUGGUGAAGUGGAUGAAAACUAUGCCCCUAUCCACACAUACCAAGCAUGCAAAGUUAUAGAACAGAAUCAUAACAACUGGCUUUUGACCAGCUGGAUCUCCAAUGAAGGUGCUUCCAGAAUCUUCAUAGAGCUCAAGUUCACCUUGUGGGACUGCAACAGCCUUCCCGGAGGACUGGGACCCUGCAAAGAAACUUUCAACAUGUACUACUUUGAGUCUGAUGCUGAAAACGGGAGAAGCAUCAAGGGAAACCAGUACAUAAAAAUCGAUACCCUUGCUGCUGACGAGAGCUUUACGGAACUCGACCUCGGUGACCGUGUCAUGAAGCUGAAUGCAGAGGUCAGAGACGUGGGGCCUCUGACCAGAAAGGGCUUCUAUCUUGCUUUCCAAGACGCUGGCGCCUGCAUUGCCCUGGUUUCUGUGCGUGUGCACUAUCAGAAAUGCCCUUCCGUGGUGCGACACUUGGCCGUCUUCCCCGACACCAUCACCGGAGCAGAUUCUUCGCAGCUGCGGGAAGUGUCAGGCUCCCGUGUCAACCAUUCUGUGACACAUGAGCCUCCCAAAAUGCGCUGCAGUGCGGAGGGGAAAUGCAUGUGCAAGGCAGGAUAUGAGGAGGAGAACGGCACCUGCCAAGGUUGACAGGUGCAGAAGGGGCUCUGAGUUCUGGGGGACCGAUUUUGAUUGCUGGGUAUGAUUAGAACAUU